GAAGUGAGGACUACUUAAGAAAUCAUAUUUUUAAAGACGAAAUACGCAUCAGGUAGCUGUUUCUUACAACAUUAGGAUGUGUAAGUGCACCCUGUGUAUUUUGUAGUCAUGAGUUCAAGGCCCAUUUCUUUGUUUGCUCUUUUUUUUUUGUCCUUAUCAGAGUGAAUCUGCAUUGAACCAGCUCUUGGAAAUCAAUAUUUAGUUUGAUGUGGCGUGAUCUUUGUGAAAUGUGAACCAGGAUGUUUUCAACUCUGUCAACAUUGAAGGCAGUUUACCCAGCCAGUGUUUGUUUUUUUUACAACCAGGAGGUUGCUGAUGCAUUGCCGACAUUGUUAAACACAAGAUAGGUAUUUGAUCUGUUACUGGCUACAGUAUGUUUGGCAAUAAUAUCUACUUUUCAUCUCCAUUGCCCUUUUUAUUAAUGAGGAUCAAGGCUGCAGCUUAUGUUGACUUUUCUUUUUGAGUAAUGAGUAAAAACAGUAGCACAAGGAGCAAUAGUUGUUACAGCAGGUACAUGACGUAAAAUGGACAUCAUUUAAUCUAAAUGAGAUGAAAUUACUUGGGGGAAAAAGUCUGUCAAUGUUACCUUGAACUUGUUACCUUGUUACCUUUUGGUAAACCAAGGAAAGCAGAAGCCUGUAGGUCUUUGAACCUCUUAAGUAAACAGAGUACACCGCUAACAGUGGGUCAGUUCAUACUCCUGUGAAUCUGAGACGUGGCAGACUGCAGUAGGCUUCAUUGUUUUUAUGGCUUCCUUCAGGGUCCCUAAGACGAAGGCUGUCCAGCCAAUGAGGUGAAGACAAGCAGGUAGUGCUAGAGUUCAACGUUGACUGUGUGCAGGUCUUGACAGAGGCUGAUCCAUAGCUGGGAUCAUUAAGGGAUGACUGCACCCAUAAAAAUAUAUGAUUUGGUUUUGUGUCAAUGUUGAUAGGAGCGACACAUUUCACUCAGGGCUUUAUCAGGCUAUAAAAAGCCACAGUUGAUUUAAUGGAACAAUGGAAACUAUGUUUAUAACUCCACAAUAAGUACAGGGAAAAUGAGGGAAAGUACUCUGGAGAAACAACACAUGGAGUAGAAAUGAAAUAAACUCAGUAAAAUUAUCUCUCUUUGAGCUCAUAGAAAUAUUAACUGCUACUGUAAAUUUCUCCUGUAUUGUUUCUAUACCUAAGGUAAAGAUAGGGACUGAACAACUGCUGUGAAACAUUCAAUGGUGCAAGGGUUAUUAUUAUAUGAUAGUACUUAGUGACCUCAAGAAAUAUAAAGCAAUGAAAUGUAAACACAUUGAGCCGGAUCCUCCUGUCACAUUGUUUGUGCGUCUAUUCCUCAGGUGGUCUGUAGUACAGUCGGUAGUUAUUUGAUGUUUUAACUUCCAACACUUUGGAUAGUACACACAUAGUACGCACAUGUAUUCCUUCAGAUAGAUAUCCCUAAACCAUUCCCUGUAACUUUAAGGCACUUGACCCGUAUUGUAACAGAAUUUGGGGCGGGGCGCCAUCAACACCUUCUUCAGCUGAGGAUCACACCGGAGAUGUUCCGGGUCAUUUUGUGAAUCUCCGCAGAUUAAAAUGAAGCAUAUUGUUUCUGAUGUCUGUCAUGUGAGGUAGAUAUGGAUACUGUACAUUAACAUAGGGACUCUGAAGAUGACCUGCUGUGCUGUGUUCAUGGCAGGAUGCCACAUUCUUUCCUUUUCCCCGUGCAGCCAAUCACCAGCUUUAAUCCAAAUUAACCCAACCCCGGUCUCACACAGCACCUCCCCCAUCAGUAUGUCUGUGUCACACCACCUCUCGCUCCGUUCCUUUCUCUCCUCCUCUGCCGCUUGCUGGCUCGCGCAUGCUCUCCCUCCCCGCAUUGAGUAUUGCGGUCGGGCUAACGAGAGAAAUAAAAAGAUAGAAGAAUUGAGCAGAGCAGAGUGUGAUUUUUAAAUUUUUUUAAGCCGACAAUUCACAGAGACGUGGGAUGGAAAAGCAUUCGGGUUCAUUAUGCAUAAACCCCCAUCUGAACUGGGUACAUUCUCCGUAUGUUCCCUGGCUGGCUGAAAUUCCAAGUGAUAAGAGACGCGUGAGAUCUGUGUCUCGAUUUUUAAGCAACUGAAUAUUUGGAAGGCCCAAGAGCUUUACUAUAUAAGAAUGCAAAGGAGCAAAGCACAGAUGGAGAGGAAAAGGACAGUGGAGCAGAAUCAGUGUGAGAGGAGAUUGAGGGUGUGUGUGGCGACAUGCAACAGAGCGGACUACUCCAAGCUGGCCCCCAUUAUGUUUGGAAUCAAAUCCCACCCUGAAGAGUUUGAACUGGAAGUUGUGGUGCUUGGAUCCCAUCUCAUUGAUGACUACGGGAACACUUUUCGGAUGAUUGAGCAGGACGACUUUGACAUCGGCUCCAAGCUCCACACCAUCGUGAGAGGCGAAGAUGAAGCCGCCAUGGUGGAGAGCGUCGGCCUGGCGCUCGUGAAACUCCCUGAUGUUUUACAGAGGCUGCGCCCUGAUAUCCUGAUCGUCCAUGGCGAUCGCUUUGACGCACUGGCUCUAGCAACUGCUGCAGCGCUGAUGAACAUUAGAAUACUUCAUCUGGAGGGAGGAGAGGUGAGUGGCACGAUCGAUGACUCAAUCCGCCACGCCAUCAGUAAACUGGCCCAUUACCACGCCUGCUGCACACGCAUGGCAGAGCAGCACCUCAUCGCCAUGUGUGAGGACCACUCUCGCAUCCUGCUGGCUGGCUGCCCUUCAUACGACAAACUGCUGUCCACUCAUCACAGAGAUGACUACAUGGAUAUUAUCAAGAGCUGGCUGGGUGACAAGGUGAAGGAGCAAGACUACAUAGUGGCUUUGCAGCACCCAGUUACCACUGACAUCCAGCAAUCCAUUAAGAUCUACGGGCUGAUGCUGGAUGCCCUGCUCUCCUUCAACAAAAAGACCCUCAUCCUCUUCCCUAACAUUGAUGCUGGAAGUAAGGAAAUGGUGCGAGUGAUGCGAAAGAAAGGCAUCGAGCAGCACCCCAACUUCCGCGCCAUGAAGCACAUUCCCUUUGAGCAGUUCAUCCAGCUGGUGUGCCACGCCGGCUGCAUGAUUGGAAACAGCAGCUGUGGUGUACGAGAAGCCGGGGCCUUUGGCACUCCUGUCAUUAACCUGGGAACAAGACAAACUGGCAGAGAAACAGGUGAAAAUGUUCUACAUGUCAGAGAUGCUGACACUCAGAAUAAGAUCUACCAUGCUCUGGAGCUGCAGUUUGGAAAGAGAUACCCCUGCUCUAAGAUUUAUGGUGAUGGCAACGCAGUGCCUCGUAUUCUCAAGUUUUUACGUUCCAUUGACCUGGAGGAGCCCCUACAGAAGACUUUCUGCUUUCCGCCAGUGAAAGACCCCAUUUCCCAGGACAUCGAUCACAUCCUGGAGACACAGAGUGCUCUGGCCGUUGACCUGGGAGGGACCAACCUUAGAGUGGCCAUCAUCUGCAUGAGGGGUAACAUAGUGAAGAAGUAUACUCAAGCCAAUCCAAAGACCUUUGAGGACAGGAUGCAGCUUAUAUUAAAGAUGUGUGCAGAUGCCAUGCAGGACGCAGUCUGCCUCAACUGUAGAAUACUCGGAGUUGGAGUGUCCACUGGUGGGCGUGUAAACCCACAAGAAGGUGUGGUCCUACACUCCACAAAGCUGAUCCAAGAGUGGUCCUCAGUGGAUCUGAGAACACCCAUCUCCGACGCCCUCCACCUACCCGUCUGGGUCGACAAUGACGGCAACUGUGCUGCACUGGCUGAGAAGAAGUUUGGUCAUGGAAAGGGAGUGGAGAACUUUGUCACUGUCAUCACAGGAACUGGUAUUGGAGGAGGGAUUAUCCAUCACAGUGAGCUGGUUCACGGCUCUACCUUCUGCGCUGCGGAGCUCGGGCACAUCAUGGUUUCCUUAGAAGGCCCGGAGUGUUCGUGUGGCAGCAGAGGAUGUAUAGAGGCCUAUGCGUCUGGCAUGGCCCUACAGAAAGAGGCUAAAAGGCUGUAUGACGAGGAUCUGCUGAACGUGGAAGGCAUGGAUAUGAAGCUCACAGAGCCAGUCACCGCUGGCCACCUCAUCAACGCAGCAAGACUGGGGAACUCCAAAGCCGAUGCGGUUCUGAACAAAGCCUCCACAGCACUAGGUGUAGGCAUCAUUAACAUCCUCCACAUAGUGAACCCCAAGCGGGUGAUUCUGUCUGGAGUCUUGGCCUCUUACUACCAAGCCCCAGUGCAGCGCAUCAUCUCUGAGAGAGCCCUCCUCUCUGCCCAGAGCAUCGAGGUCCUUGCAUCAGACUUGGAGGAGCCUGCUUUACUCGGAGCAGCUAGCAUGGUGUUAGACUAUGCAACCAGAAGGAUAUAUUGAAGGAUGUAGUCCUAAUUUACAAAGAACUGCUCCCAACCAGAGGACUACACCACUGAAAGUAGUAAUAAUUCUGCCCAGAUAGAUACAUAAGGAUAUCUAGGGGAUACAUUUUGAAAGCUAGAGUGAAAGACAAUGCAUUCAACCAUCAUGUGUUUACCUUGAUUUAAAUGUUUUAAUUUUUAAUUUUUAUUUUUUACAUUGAUGAAGACAAUUUUUCUUGUGAAAAACUCAGUCUUAAGUCUGUGAGAAUCGUGCCUUCACAAGGCCAGAUGUUGGCCAGUUUCCAACCUGGAUACAUAUGUCAUGUGUAAGUUGGGUCCAUUGCAUGGGCCAGAAAUCUCACAACUCUUUUGAGGUUUAGUGAAGCCCCAAGAGCUUAUUCGAGGAGUUAACGGUUCCUUCAAGUCAAAAUUACCCAUGCUGUACGGGGUAGCAAUCACCCACUCUGUUCUACUACUUGCAAUGUGAUGUGGGUGGAUGGAAAAGUAUGUCAGUAUAGAAAGCUUGUUUCAGAUGUGACCAAAAUAUUACUGAAACAUUCUCCUGUAGCUUCCUCUCUGUUCUCUAUGAUUGCUUGCGAGUUUUCAUUCUCAAUUUUUGUUCAAUUUUUGAGAUGUAACUGUCAUGUUAUGUUACAUGUCCAUGUUUUGUUAUAAUUUAAAUUAUUUAAGGUUUUGGGAGAACAUGCUUGAAGGUGAUUGAAUAGUUGGUGGUCUUGAAAGCUUUAGGGCUAAUAAAUGAUUAAUU